UCUUCUUCUUCUUGUGAUAAAGAUGGAGGUGACUGAGGAAAGGAAAGAGAGAGAUUCUGGAGCAGGAGGAGGUGAAGGGCGGACCUUGAUUGCAGGGUUGCCUGAUGAAAUAGCCAUCGAGUGUCUGGUGAGAGUGCCUUACCAAUUCCAUUCCAACAUCAAAUCUGUGUGCCAUGGUUGGCGAAACUUGAUUUGCAGUCCCCUGUUUCAUCGAGAAAGAAUUAAAUCAGGUGCGGCGGAGCGUCUCGUCUGCUUAAUCCAGCCGCUCUCGAGUACCCCAGCACCGGAUUCGACUCUGGGGCUGCGUCAGGGUGAUGAUGUUUGUGUCAGCAACGGUGACAAGAAAGCGAAGGAGGAUGGUCGGCAAAAUCAGCGGCAGGGCCAGUACGGCCUGAGCAUCUACAACGCCACCAGGGACACCUGGCAUCGGACGAGACCCAAAAUGGGGGGAAUCCCGAUGUUCUGCCAGUGUUUGGCGCUUGAGUCUCGUGGGAAAUUGAUGCUUUUAGGGGGAUGGGACCCGUCCACUCUCGAGCCUGUCCCUGAUGUUUACAUCCUGGAUUUGGGUUCGGUUGGUGGCAGCUGGAGACGUGCGGCGCCUAUGUCGGUUGCGCGCUCCUUCUUUGCUUGUGCUGUCGUCGGUUCCAAGGUGUACGUGGCGGGAGGGCACGAUAAUCAGAAGAACGCGCUACGGUUCGCUGAGGUGUACGACGUGGGGGAAAAUCGGUGGAAGAUGUUGCCCGAUAUGGCGGAAGAAAGAGACGAGUGUCAGGGGCUGUCCUGGGAAGGGGAUUCCAGAUUCUGGGUAGUAAGUGGGUAUGGCACUGAAAGACAAGGGGAGUUCCGCUCUGAUGCCGAGUGUUUCGAUCCAGAAACUGGGUCUUGGUCCAGAGUUGAUGGGGUCUGGCCAUUUUCUAGAACCAGUCCCAGAGGCUGCACCACCGCAGUUGCCUCCGGAAAGCAGCCCCAGUGGUGGUGGUUUUUCGGGAGUGAACAAGAAGAGCAACAACAGAAUACAGGAGUCAGGGGUCAAACAUGGAAGGCAGUGAGCACAAUUAAGCUUCCAAAAAGUCUAACUGGGACAUCUCCGUUUGUGGCCAAUCUUGCAAAUGGAGCUGGAGAUGACAGUCACCUGGUAUUUAUAACAAGCGGCAGUGUCAGCGGCGGCGGCGGCGGCAGUGGUGGAUGCCAAGGCAAAAUAGGAUUCAUAAUGGAGAGGGAUGAGAAUGGCAAUACCAACUGGAAUCAUAUCCGUACUCCCAUGGAGUUUUCUGGUUUUCCAUUCUCAGCUUCUUCAUUCCUUGUCUAAACUAAUUAAAAGUUGCAUUUUUGUAUCUCCAGCCAUAUGAAUCCAGAACUUCACGAGAUGGUUUUUGUACUGCUACUCAUCUGUUGACCAGUAGAGUUAAAGCAAACAACAUAAUAACAUGGUAAAAGAACUAGUGGCAAUGAAAACACCAACAUUGA